AUGAGGGAGAGCUCCCCUCCUCCUCCGGCUCCGGCUCCGGCUUCGGCGGCGGCGGCGGCGGUGAAAGAGGACGAGUGGGAGGUGCGGCCCGGCGGGAUGCUGGUGCAGAAGCGGAGCCCCGACGCGGACGCCCCCGCCGGGGCGCCCGUCCCCACCAUCCGCGUCAAGGUCAAGUUCAACGGCGUCUACCACGAGAUCUACAUCAACUCGCAGGCCUCCUUCGGUGAGCUGAAGAAGUUGCUGUCGGCGCGGACGGGGCUGCACCCCGAGGACCAGAAGCUCGUGUACAAGGACAAGGAGCGGGACUCCAAGGCGUUCCUGGACAUGGCCGGCGUCAAGGACCGCUCCAAGAUGGUGCUGCUCGAGGACCCCGCCGCGCAGGCCAAGCGCCUCCUCGAGCAGCGGCGCACCGACAAGGCAGAGCGAGCCGCCAAGUCCAUCUCCCGCAUCAGCUUCGACGUCGACAAGCUCGCCACCAAGGUGUCGGCGCUGGAGACCAUCGUCAGCAAGGGCGGCAAGGUGGUGGACGCCGACGUGGUCACCCUCACCGAGGCGCUCAUGAACGAGCUGGUCAAGCUGGACUCCAUCGCCGCCGAGGGCGAGGUCAAGGUGCAGCGGAGAAUGCAGGAGAAGCGGGUGCAGAAGUACGUGGAGACGCUGGACGCCAUCCGCGCGAAGAACGCGGCGGCGGCGGCGCCCAAGGCCAACGGCAACAUGAACGGCCACGCCAAGGCCCGCGCGCCGCACCUCCCGCCGCGCCCGCCGCCCGUGUCGCAGCGGCGGAACUUCCAGCAGCUCUCCCCUGCGCCCGGCGCCGCCGCGGCGCCGCCCACGCAGAGCUGGGAGUCGUUCGACCUGCUGUCGUCGGUGCCGUCCACGUCCUCGGCCGCCGUGACCACCACCAUGGCGGCCGCGACCACCACCUCGCCGGCCGGCGCCUCCCCGAUCCCGCGGUUCGACUGGGAGCUCUUCUGA